AUGGCUUUCCCCGUCAACAUCGCAUUUGGCUGCACCGCGCCGGCAGGCGCAAGCCCCAUACGAAGACCACGAAUGCGAUGCAGCAAAUACAUCUUACAAGCUACUGCUGACCAGCAGCCAGCGCAAUCGUCGUCCAAGAAUCCUCUGGAACAGCUGCGCAUCACGACCGACCCACGUCGCCGCAGCGAGUUGCUGCUAGAACUCGACAGCUGCUGGUCGGAAUGUGAGGAGCGCUACGUGCCAUCCCCAGCGGAGGAUUGCCUGGCAAAGGAGCUGGGGGUGGGCCAGUCGACUGUCAUGCUUGCGGCCGUGCAGAACCCCGGGCUCUCGUCCCUGGAUGCGACCUCCCAGGUGCUGCCGUCCCUGAGGGCCUUACGAUCCGCGGGCCUCUCCCCCCAGGAUGUGUGGUUCCUGGCCGCCAAAAAACAUCAGCUGCUGGCGGAGCCCGCGACGUUAUCGCGGUGGCUGGAUUUCCUGCUGGUGUACGGCAUGCAGCCGCGUGACGUCCAAAACUUCCUGUUGCGCUCAACCCCAGCCUUGAUGUACGGCACCACGCUCUACCAGGCGGGUGCUGUCGUAUCCUUCCUCAAGUCGUUGGGCCUCAAAGACGAUCUGCUUGCCUCCCGCGUGCUGUGCGUGUGGCCGGAGCUGCUGGGCCGCGACGUGGAGGGGCAGCUGCGGCCGGUGGUGACGUUUCUGAUGUCUCUAGGGCUGGAGGUUGCUGCUGUGGGGCGGGUGGUGGUGAUGUGGCCGGAGGUGCUGCUACGGAGUGUGGAGGGCCAGUUGGCGCCGUGGGUGACGUAUCUACGGGAGCUGGGUUGCAGCACAACGCAGGUGGGAGAUGUGAUCGGUCUGUGUCCACACCUGCUGGGUUUCAAACCCGAGGAGGUGUUCGGCGAUGUACUGCGAGCACUGGGGGAUCUGGCGGGCAUCUGUCGCGAGGAUGUACGGCAGAUGUUGUCAUCCUCCGUGGCCUUUCUCAUCGCGCCGUCGGCCUCGGCUGGCGUGCGGGCGGCUCUGGAGUGCCUGCUGCGGCACGGUUUCGACAAGGAGCAGGUUCGGGAGAUGGUUCUGGCCCGCCCCGAGCUACUUGCCGCCAAGCCCCACGACCUAGAACGCAGUCUCAAAUUCGUGUACCACACGGUGGGCGGCAACAACUCCACCGUUCUGUCCUGUCCGCUGCUGCUCACCAAGCCGCUAGGUCAGGUGCUGGGGCCCAGAUACAGUUUCAUCCAGAAACAGGGUUUAGCGCACAAGUACGCCGGGGCGGAUGGCAGCACCUUUGAGUUUUACAAGUUGUUAGUGGCGGAAGACGCCCAGUGGUGCGCGUCAUUGGGGCUGAGCGUCAACGAGUAUCAGGGAUUCAAACUGGUUUGGGAUGAGGAGUACAGUUUGAAGCUGCACCAAGAAGCUGCCAGCGAGUUCCAAGAAGAGCUCAAGAAGCUCGGGAUAUACGAGGGCAGUUGA